AUGCCAGGCCUCGAUCCGAAAGUUGCGGUUCACCACCUUGCAGUCAAACCUGGAGCGCGUCCAAUCAAACAAACUCAACGUCGCUUCCGUCCGGAGCUCUUAAGUCAAAUCGAAGCCGAAGUUGACAAGUUGAUCUCUGCUGGAUUUAUUAGGGAGGUGAAAUACCCGACGUGGAUAGCGAACAGUGUUCCGGUGAAGAAGAAAAUCACGGGACAAAUUCGUAUUUGUGUUGACUUCCGAGACUUAAACGAGGCUUGCCCGAAGGAUGACUUUCCAUUGCCCAUAAUUGAGCUCAUGGUCGAUGCAACCACAGGUCAUGAAGCCUUAUCUUUCAUGGAUGGCUCAUCUGGAUACAAUCAAAUAAGAAUGUCGCCAGAGGAUGAAGAACUCACGGCCUUCCGCACUCCAAAAGGAAUUUACUGUUACAAGGUGAUGCCAUUUGGCCUCAAAAAUGCAGGUGCGACCUAUCAAUGUGCAAUGCAAAAGAUCUUUGGUGACAUGCUUCACAAGAAUGUCGAGUGCUACGUUGAUGACUUGGUGAUCAACUCAAAAAGAAGGGAAGAUCACUUGAAAGAUUUGAGAACAGUGUUUAACAAAUUGCGGAAGUACCAACUCAAGAUGAACCCUUUGAAGUGUGCUUUCGGCGUCAGGUCAGGUAAAUUCCUUGGUUUCAUCGUUAAACAUCGAGGCAUCGAAGUAGAUCAGACUAAGAUUAAAGCCAUCCGAGAUAUGCCCGAGCCAAGAAAUUUACGUGAGUUGAAAAGUUUACAAGGACGCCUCGCGUUUAUUCGGCGAUUCAUCUCAAACUUAGUAGGGAGGUGUCAACCAUUCAGUCACCUUAUGAAAAAGGAUGUUCCAUUUGUUUGGGAUGAAGCUUGUCACAAUGCCUUUGAAAGCAUAAAGAAGUACCUAUCGAGUUCACCACUGUUAGGAGCUCCUAUUCCAGGCAAACAACUCAAAUUGUACAUUGCGGCUCAAGAAAGGUCAAUUGGAGCCCUUUUAGCACAAGAGAAUGAGUCACACAAAGAGCAAGCACUCUACUAUCUAAGCCGAACGCAUACUGGUCCCGAACUAAACUACACGCCUAUAGAAAAGACAUGUCUUGCACUUGUUUUUGCUAUCCAAAAGUUAAGGCACUACAUGCAAGCAUUCACAGUCCAUCUAAUUGCACGAGCUGACCCGGUGAGGUACAUUAUGUCAAAACCAGUCUUGACGGGGCGUUUGGCCAAGUGGGCGUUACUUCUCAAUCAGUAUGAAAUCAUCUACACUCCAGCAAAGGCGGUUAAGGGGCAAGCUGUUGCAGACUUCCUAGCCGAUCAUCCAAUUCCAGCAGACUGGGAAAUUUCAGAUGACCUACCCGACGAACAAGUCUUCUUCGCUGGCGUUUCUUCUGCUUGGAUGAUGUUCUUUGAUGGAUCGGCUUGUAAAGACGGGGCGGGGGCUGGCGUAGUCUUCGUAUCACCCGAGAGACACGUAUUGCCCUAUUCAUUCUCCUUAAGUGAACUUCGCUCGAACAACGUUGCAGAAUACCAAGCUUUGAUCAUGGGCUUAAAAAUGGCCGUGGAGAUGAAGAUAUCAAGCUUAGAAGUAUAUGGUGACUCCAUGUUAGUGAUCAACCAACUGCUAACCCACUACGAAGUUAGAAAGGAUGAUCUAAUUCCAUACCACCAAUUAGCCACGCAAUUACUAGAAAGAUUUGACUUCGUGACGCUGGAGCAUGUGCCAAGAAAAGAUAACCAAAUGGCAGAUGCCUUAGCCAACCUUGCCGCUACAUUGGCAUUGACAAAAGAUGAAGCAAUAAAUCUUCCAGUUUGCCAACGUUGGGUCAUUCCAUUAACGCUUGGGACAUCGCAAGAAGGAGUCAACGUUAUCUCGGUACUGUCUAUUGACGUUGAUGACUGGAGACAACCUUUAAUUGAUUAUCUUGAGCAUGGGAAACUGCCAGAUGAUUCAAGACAUCGAUUAGAGGUACGACGUCGGGCACCUCGAUUCAUUUAUUACAGAGAAAUUCUCUACCGUCGUUCAUUUGAAGGCGUAUUUCUAAGAUGCUUGGACGAAGAAGAUGCAUUCAAAGCAAUGGAGGAGGCUCACUCAGGAAUCUGUGGAGCACAUCAAUCAAAGCCAAAGUUACAUUUCCAAAUAAAACGGAUGGGCUACUAUUGGCCGACUAUGGUCAAGGAUUGCAUGGAUUAUGUGAAGAAAUGCCAAGCAUGUCAAUUCCAUGCCAACUUUAUCCAUCAACCGCCGGAGCCGCUACAUCCUACAAUUACUUCAUGGCCAUUUGAUGCGUGGGGUCUUGAUGUGGUGGGACCAAUAGCACCUAAAUCUUCCGACGGUCAUUCUUACAUCCUUGCAGCCACAGACUACUUCUCAAAAUGGGCGGAAGCUGUGCCUCUAAAGGAAGUGAAGAAAGAAAAUGUAGUGAGCUUUAUCAAGGUAAACAUCAUUAAUCGGUAUGGUGUGCCACGCUACAUCAUCACAUAUAAUGGCAAGCCAUUCUCGAAUCAGUUGAUGGAUAAAUUGUGUGAAGACUUUGGUUUCAAACAACGCAACUCUUCAAUGUACAACGCACCAGCCAACGGUCUUGCGGAAGCGUUCAACUUCAACAAAACUCUUUGCAGCCUGUUGAAGAAAGUUGUUGGAAGAACCAAGAAAGAUUGGCAUGAAAGGAUAAAUGAAGCUUUGUGGGCUUAUAGGACGACAUACCGGACGCCUACUCAGGCUACACCGUACUCACUCGUGUAUGGCGUGGAAGCAGUCUUGCUUCUAGAAAGUCAACUUCCAUCAUUGAGGAUGGCCAUACAAGAGGGAUUGACUGAUGAAGAGAAUGCGAAGCUACGUCUCCAAGAGUUAGAAGCACUAGACGAAAAGAGACUCGAAGCGCAACAACUCUUAGAGUGUUAUCAAGCCCGGCUUUCGAAUGCUUUUAACAAGAAAGUACGCCCCAGAUCUUUUCAGGUGGGAGAUCUCGUCCUCGCAUUACGUAGACCUAUCAUCACAACACACAAAACCGGAAGCAAGUUUACUUCGAAAUGGGAUGGGCCCUACGUAGUACAAGAAGUAUACACAAGUGGCGCUUACAAGAUUAUAGCGGAGGAUGGUUUAAGAAUUGGCCCUAUCAACGGAAAAUUCUUGAAACGAUACUAUGCAUGA